AUGAGAGACAGACCACGAGACGGGAAGGGGGCACGACAGGCAGAACGAGCAAGCGUUUGCCCAUUCCACGCGUCAACACACACGAGCAUAGACGAGGAGCGGGAGCGGGUAGAUGCGCGAGGAUACGAACACACGAGCCCACGAAUCAAUGGGAGACGGCACGACAGACGAUGGGUCGACUCGCGGGCAACGAAAGGACAAACGAAGAAGGAAGAAGCACGCGAGGCAACCCACGCAAGAUGGCUUCGCCCAAAUGGAUUGCCCGCGACGUCACACAACGCUUGCGCUCAUCGCUCGAAGGGUGUCUACUCAACAGUUGGGACGAAGGACAUCUCCACUAUUCCCACCCCAGCACCUUCGCCCCAAUCGUACGAAGACGAACUCCUCCUCUAUAACUAUCACUCGUCCUUCGUCCGCGCUCGUUCACUUACUCCAUCGUGUGCGUCAGGCAAGUCGCGAUCGGCGCCCACCAAACAACGACCCUUGGUGCACCCGCUAGCACAGGGGAAGCUUCUUGCACCCAAUCUCAAGCUUCGGGAUUACACUGGAUCGUGCCCAAGCCUUUCGAGUUCCACAGUUCGCUCUCCCUCUUCCAAAGGAAGUCAAGUAGAGGAUGGAGCUUAUGGAUACAGGCGUCCUGUCAUUGAAACACGAUCCUGGUCAUAUGACAACGUUCCUACCUAUCAACCAAUGAAGAUGCCGCCCUCCAUCGAGAAGAGGAAGGUUAAGCAAAUGGUUGAUGGGGUGGAGAAAGAAGUCACCAUCGAAGUCGAAGUCGAGAACAAUGGCAAACGCCUCUUCAACUUCCCCGACAAGCAAUACUACACCCGGCGAUGA